AAGAAAAGCAAGAAGAAUAAAAGUGUUGUUCGACUUUUUGCAUAAUUUAUAAAGCAAAAGUGGCGAGCAAUAAUGGUGCAAAAACUGAAUUCUCCUCAACACCCGCAUACCACUUUCCUUCACCAUAUCAAAUUCAUCCACCAUCACCGAAUAACCAAAUAUAUACCCCUAAAAAUCCUCAAAAACACCAAAGUAUAAUCAAAUUGCUACUGUUCUCCUACCUUCCAUCGAUAAAUUCAUACAUACAUACAUACAUACCCAAAACCUCUUUUAUACCCUAACAAAAUCCGGGUGAUAAUUCGUUUCGCGGGAAGGGUUUCAAGUUUAUCGAUCAGGGUUUCAACUUUCAAGGAGUUGUGGUGGGAAAGGCCCAGAAUUGGCGGGAAUCCUGUUGAGUAAUUGCAUGCCUAAUUAAUAGGAUUUCUGUUUUAAUGGCGAAUCCAUCUGGAAACGGGACGCAUAAUAACGACGCGGCUCACCCGAGUCACAACGGCGGCAGUUCGGUGCCGGAGCCGGCGUUGCAGCAGAAUCCUGGUGUUUCUGUUGAUUGGACUCCCGAUGAACAGUCAAUUUUGGAAGAUGGUCUUGCCCAGUAUGCAUCUGAAUCAAACAUCAUCCGUUAUGCAAAGAUUGCUGUGCAAUUACAAAACAAGACUGUGCGGGAAGUGGCUUUGAGGUGCAGAUGGAUGUUUAAACGGAAUAUUGGCAAAAGAAAUAAAGAAGAUUACAUCUUGACAAGGAAAAGUAAAGAUAGAAAGGAAAUACUGAAUGAUCAUUUGCCAAGUACAUCUCAUUUACCAACUCAAAGUGGGUCAUCUUCAUAUGCUCCAGAAGUGGUGGGAAAUGGACAUCAAAACGAUAUAAUUUACAGUGUUCUUGCCAGUCCAGCUGGACAACUUCUCAAGGAAAGCGCAAAAGCUCUAGAGCAGAUUUCUGCAAAUUUUGAGACUCAUCAGGUACUUGAGAAUAUCAGUCUCCUUUACCAAGUUCAAAAAAACAUUCGACAUAUCUUGAACACUUUAAGUGACACGCCUGAGAAACUAAGGCAGAUGCCACCACUUCCAGUGAAGCUGAACGAAGCUCUUUUUCACUCUUUACUUCCCCGUGCGCCAUUGCAGCAGCAGAUGUAAUGAUUUGUUGAAUUUCUUAAAAACCAUUAAGAAAUAAUAAACUUUCUAAUAUUUAUUUUAAGCAGUAAAUAGAGGAAUAAUAUUUAGUAUAUCAUUUAACAUUCGGAGUUUGGAAUUAGGGUUUCGUAGUUGGAAAUUUGAAAACUACUUUUACCGAAUUUUUGUGGUAGUAGCA